AUUUAUUGCACAGUAAUUGAUAACUAGUACACAUCGGUAGGUGAUACUGCUGGGAAACUAAGUCCCACAUUUAAUGGCACACAUUCAAUGGGCCAUUAAACCCAACCCCAAAGGUACUAUUAAGAGUUGUGUUGGGAUCUCAAAUCAAAGAAAAAAGAAAAAAAAAAGAGUUGUGGACAUGACAAAUUAUAUCUUACAAUUCGAUUAGCAUAUUUUGUUAAUGAUACAAAACUGCUACUUUUUCUAAUUUUUAAAAGAAAGCCGUUUCCAAAAUUAGAAGAAAGAAUUUCCAAUUUGUUUAUAGGUCCAUGAAAAAAUUUGCAUGAACAAGGAAGAGAUGAAAUUGUGGACAGUCAAAAGUGUGGUCUAGCUGCCCUGGUGGGCUACCAGGGAAACUUGCCAUAUUAGUCUGGAGUGAGUUUUGACUGAUCAGAUUGGACAAUAAAAGGCUCAGCUGUAAUUCCAGGAGACUUAAUUAGUCAUUUGCAACCUUGAGAUACAGCUAUCAAGAAGCCAUUUAAAGGAUUCAUGAGGGAAGAGAACAGGUGGAUACAGGCUUCAGAUUUUGAGUUUGAUACCGAGAGGAAGAAAGAGGCUCACAACUUCACAACUGUGUGAAUGGGCCAAAACUUCAUGGAAUGCUGUAAAACAAGAGCCAAAUGUGAAAUGGUUUAAAUAAUGUGAAUUAGUAACACUCUUGGAAACCUGAGUACAAUUUGUUGUUUGAUGAUAGUUUUGACUUGGUUUCUAAUGCAGUGAAGGUCAAAGAUUAAGAGACUCAACUAGAAUAUAGUAGUAACAAAAAGGAACCCUUGGAUAUGGCGCGGGGGAAGGGAGGAAGAGGGAGAGAGGAGGGACAGAGGGGGGGAGGGAGGGGGAGGGAGGGGGGAGAGAGAGAAACAGAGAGAAUGCCGCAGGUCAUUAGGUAUUAUUUUUCAUUCCUCCUGCAACUUUCUACUGAAAAGAUUACCAACGACUGACAGAUCUUUGCCUCCAAUCUUCCCCACCCUUCCCUUUAUGCUUCAAAAUGCUACAAAGUCAUCUUCCCAAAGCAGCUCUGAUUAUAAAAAUUUUUGCUCAGAAACAUCUGAUAUACCCCCACUGCAUGCAGAGUGAAAUCUGGGCUUCUUGGAGCAUUCAAGACUCUCCAUAAUAUGUUUUGGUAGGCCAAGAGAUAGACCACUUGGAUACCUUGAUCUCUUGCUAAGUAUUAUUUACUUUCCCUACCCUAUAAAUCAUCCGCCUCAAACAUUAAUCUUUGUACCUUCAACACCCCCUCUAUUUUCUGUACUGUAUUUGCAGCAUUUCUUGUCUAUCUCAGCCUGUCAAAAUUAAACUCAGCGUUUAUGUCAGGUUAUGUCUCCAUAAUGCCUUAUCCACGCCCUUAGUCAACAUUCUUCUUUCUCUUCUGUGGUGCAUAGACUUUUAUAUCUCAAUCACAACACCUUUGGCGUUCUGCCUGGUUUUACAGAUAGUUAUGUCUUGGUGUCCCCUACUUCCUUACCCUGUGAUUUAAGCAUAGUAUGGGUUAAAACAUUUGCCAUGAAUUGGCCUGUGGCAGGGAUCUGAUGAUCCUUGUUAUCAACCAUUCAAAGUUUAGCAGAUAGUUUGGUAAAUCAGGCGACUCUGCUAAUUCAUGAAAUUACUCAUGAAAAAAAGUCGAAAGGAGUCACCCGUCUCUAAGGCGGCUUUUUGCUGUCUAGAAUAACCGUGACAAAAGGUGGGAGCAAAAUAAUUAGCUUUCAGGGGAGUAUGGCUUCUCUAAAUAGUUGCAAGAUGCCUACAUUGUUUAUGUAAAAUAAAAUAUCUUAUGUACUGCACUUUCGAAAAGACUGAAGAUAUCUAAGAUAUCUCCAGGUGGAAAUUCCCGGUGACGGGUGUCCUUCUGAGGUCAACUGCACUGACCAUUGCACACUGUAUUCUGGAAUACGUUCAACACAGCAAAACGGGCUCGUGGCGCAUCCCCGGCGUCCGACUGCUGCGUGGCCCCGAGCAACCUGCACCCCACUCGCCCCCGCCCCCACCUCCGCCUCAGUCCGCAGCGGCUACAGCCCGGGAGGCUCCAAGGGAACUCCCGCACGUCUGCGCGCGCAAUCAUGGGACGGCGGGUCGGCGCGGUGCGCGCAAUUGCCCUGGAAACCACGGCGCGCGCACGCGCAAACGCGGGUGAUGGGGGGACGAAAGACUGAGCUGAGAGAUUUGCCGCGGGAGGAGGGCUCUACCUCCCGUCGACCGUCGCUCCCCCGCGGUUGGCGCGCGCGCUGGCCCGCUCCCUUGCUGCACGCUCCCGGCUCGCGCGUUCCCCCCGGUGCCCUCCCCCGCCUCACAAGCACCCUUGCCCUCCCGCAUUUGUGCGCCGGUGCAGCAGGCAGUGGGAACAUCCGGGCAUUUCCGCAGCUGAGCGGCGACCCGGGCGGCGGCGGCGGUCGAGGAGCUCCCAAGGCAGGGACGAGGCGGAGGGAAGGCGAAAGGGGGGCGAGGAGUUAAGCCAGAGCCUCCGCGGGGCGGGUUUCCGAGGGAGGCACAGAGGGAAACGGCUCUCGCAGCCCGAGGAGGGCCAGGCGCGGAGCUGGUCGCCCCUCUCGCGCAUUCUGUCCAGCCCGGGCUCCGGAGAUGCAUCUGCAUCAGGUCCUCACCGGGGCUGUCAACCCUGGAGACAACUGCUACUCCGUGGGCAGCUUCGGGGAUGUCCCCUUCACGGCAUACGGAUCAGGCUGUGAUAUUGUUAUUUUGGCAAAUGACUUUGAAUGUGUACAGAUCAUUCCUGGUGCUAAGCAUGGAAACAUCCAAGUCAGCUGUGUGGAGUGUUCUAACCAACAAGGAAGAAUUGCAGCUUCAUAUGGUAAUGCUGUUUGUAUAUUUGAGCCCUUGGGCAUAAAUUCUCAUAAAAGAAAUUGUCAACUCAAGUGCCAGUGGCUUAAAACUGGGCAGUUUUUUUUGAGUUCUGUGACAUACAACUUAGCAUGGGAUCCUCAAGAUAAUAGAUUGUUGACAGCAACUGAUUCUAUUCAGUUGUGGGCUCCUCCAGGAGAUGAUAUUCUGGAAGAGGAGGAAGAAAUUGAUAAUACAAUUCCUCCUGUUUUAAAUGAUUGGAAGUGUGUCUGGCAGUGCAAAACCUCAGUAUCUGUACAUUUGAUGGAAUGGUCUCCUGAUGGUGAAUAUUUUGCUACUGCUGGAAAGGAUGAUUGUCUUUUGAAAGUGUGGUAUCCUAUGACUGGUUGGAAGUCUUCAAUUAUACCUCAGGAUCAUCAUGAAGUAAAAAGGAGACAGUCCUCUACUCAAUUUUCUUUCGUUUACUUGGCACAUCCCCGAGCUGUGACAGGUUUUUCAUGGCGCAAAACUAGCAAGUAUAUGCCCAGGGGUUCUGUCUGUAAUGUGUUGUUAACUUCAUGUCAUGAUGGUGUGUGCCGGCUCUGGGCAGAAACUUUAUUACCAGAAGACUGUCUUUUGGGUGAGCAGAUUUGUGAGACUACCACUUCCAGCAUUGCCAGCAGCCUUUCUCAUGCUGGAAGACACAAAGACAGAAUACAGCAUGCUCUUGAGACAAUACACCAUUUGAAAAAUUUAAGGAAAGGACAGAGGAGGUCAUCUGUUCUUGUAACUCAUGCUGAAUUAAUGCCCGACCAGACAGCAAUGCAUGAAGUUCAAAGACACAUUUCCCACCAUGCAAAUGCACUCUGUCAUUUUCAUAUUGCAGCAAGCAUCAACCCUGCCACAGAUAUUCCAAAUGUCUUGGUUGGCACUGCAUUUAAUGUUGAUGAUGGAAAUGGGGGCUUUGUAGUUCAUUGGUUAAACAACAAGGAAUUUCAUUUUACAUCAUCUACAGAAGUAUUUAUGCAUCAAUUACGAAAACUUUCUGAUAAGCAGGUAGAUCAUGAAAAUGAUGAUGCAGAUAGAGAAGAUGAGGAACAUUCACAGGAGGAUAGAGAACGGGGUUUACAUAUGAAAUUAGACCAUGAUUUAUCCCUGGAUAGAGAAUCUGAGGCAGGUACAGGAUCAUCAGAACAUGAAGAUGGAGAAAGAGAAGGAAGUCCUAGAACUUAUUCACGACUUAGUGUACCAAUGCCACUGCCUACGGUUCUGCUUGAUCGGAAGAUUGAAAUGCUGCUAACUGAAUGGAAUAAGAAUCCUGAUAUGCUUUUUACAAUACACCCUGUAGAUGGUACCUUUCUAGUGUGGCAUGUAAAGUAUUUGGAUGAAUAUAAUCCUGGAAUAUUUAGACAAGUUCAGGUUUCUUUUUCUUCUCGGAUUCCUGUUGCAUUUCCCUCUGGUGAUGCAAGCUCUCUUAGUAAAAAUAUCAUGAUGUAUGCCUGUAUAAAUGCGACAAAAGAUUCUCACCACACGCUGUUACACCGGGAGGGGAUGUCUGUAGGCAGUCCUCACGGAUCACAGCCACACUCUAGAUCCCACAGUACACAUAUGAACAUCUUAGCUCCCACAGUAAUGAUGAUCUCUAAACACAUAGAUGGUUCUUUAAAUCAGUGGGCAGUCACUUUUGCUGAUAAGUCUGCCUUUACCACUGUUCUAACUGUAUCUCACAAAUUUAGAUAUUGCGGUCAUCGAUUUCACCUCAAUGACCUGGCAUGUCAUUCAGUUUUACCACUGUUAUUGACAUCCUCUCAUCAUAAUGCUCUAUUGACUCCUGAAUCAGAUUGUCAGUGGGACUCAGACAAUAAAUUAAGUAGACUAAUGGACCCUGUAAAACAUAUAAAAGGUUCCUCGAAACAACCUCUUAGAAAUGCAGCAACUCGUACAUUUCAUGACCCAAAUGCAAUCUACAGUGAACUUAUUCUGUGGCGUGUAGACCCAAUAGGACCUUUGUCAUACACUGGAGGAGUAUCAGAAUUGGCUCGAAUUAACUCUUUACAUACCUCAGCGUUCUCUAAUGUGGCUUGGCUUCCAACUCUCAUUCCCAGUUACUGUCUAGGCACAUAUUGCAAUUCUGCAAGUGCUUGCUUUGUUGCUUCUGAUGGCAAAAAUCUGAGACUCUAUCAAGCUGUAGUGGAUGCAAGGAAAUUAUUGGAUGAAUUGUCAGACCCAGAAUCUUCAAAACUUAUUGGAGAAGUGUUUAAUAUUGUGAGCCAACAGUCUACUGCUCGACCUGGCUGCAUUAUUGAACUCGAUGCAAUAACCAACCAAUGUGGCUCAAAUACACAGUUGCUUCAUGUGUUUCAAGAAGACUUCAUUAUAGGAUAUAAACCACAUAAGGAAGAUAUGGAGAAAAAGGAAACAGAAAUAUUUUUUCAGCCAUCACAAGGAUACCGCCCACCACAAUUUUCAGAAAAGUUCUUUCUAGUAGUAAUUGAGAAGGACAGCAAUAAUAACUCUACUCUGCAUAUGUGGCAUCUUCAUCUUAAAUCUGUACAAGCAUGUUUAGCUAAAGCUUCAGAAGGGGCUUCCUCUGAGAGUCUCCUUUCAGUCCCUGGACAGAAGAAUGUAGAUUCUUCUCCAGAAACCUCUCCUAGUGUGAGCCCCAUGCCACAUUCUUCAUCAAUUGCCAAUCUUCAAACUGCCAGUAAACUUAUUCUGAGUUCUAGACUGGUGUAUAGCCAACCCCUUGAUCUCCCAGAAUCAGUUGAAGUAAUAAGAGCAACGCCUUCAGCAGGCCAUCUGAGUUCUUCUUCAAUUUAUCCAGUGUGCCUUGCACCUUAUUUAGUGGUUACAACUUGUUCUGACAAUAAAGUACGCUUCUGGAAAUGUUGUAUGGAAGCCAACCCAGAGUGUAAUAAAAGUGAUGAGAAAGAAAUUUAUCAUUGGAAGAGAUGGCCUUUGAUGAAUGAUGAAGGAGAAGAUAAUAGCAGUACAGUGAGCAUUGUGGGAAGACCAGUUGCUGUUAGCUGUUCAUACACAGGUCGCCUUGCAGUGGCUUAUAAGCAGCCUAUCCACCAUAAUGGUUUUGUUUCUAAAGAAUUUUCCAUGCAUGUUUGUAUAUUUGAAUGUGAAUCUACAGGAGGAUCAGAGUGGGUUUUAGAACAAACAAUUCAUCUUGAUGAUUUGGUUAAGGUUGGGAGUGUACUUGAUUCAAGGGUCAGCGUCGACAGUAAUCUGUUUGUAUAUAGCAAGUCAGAUGCACUCUUGAGCAAGGAUAGAUACCUUAUUCCGAAUAUCAAACAUUUAGUACAUUUGGACUGGGUAUCAAAAGAAGAUGGCUCCCACAUUCUUACAGUGGGAGUCGGUGCGAAUAUCUUCAUGUAUGGAAGGCUUUCAGGAAUUGUGACUGAGCAAACCAACAGUAAGGAUGGAGUAGCUGUCAUCACUUUACCACUAGGUGGUAGUAUCAAGCAAGGAGUUAAGUCAAGAUGGGUUCUUCUUAGAUCUAUAGACUUGGUAUCUUCUGUUGAUGGUACUCCUUCACUGCCUGUUUCUCUCUCUUGGGUAAGAGAUGGGAUAUUGGUGGUAGGAAUGGAUUGUGAAAUGCAUGUAUAUGCACAGUGGAAGCAUGCUGUCAAAUUUGGAGACACUGAAGCUGAUAGUCCUAACGCAGAAGAGGCAGCAAUGCAAGAUCAUUCGACCUUUAAAUCUAAUAUGCUGGCAAGAAAAAGUAUUGUUGAAGGAACAGCUAUUUCUGAUGAUGUUUUUUGUUCACCAACUGUAAUUCAAGAUGGUGGCUUAUUUGAGGCUGCACAUGUACUUUCCCCUACUCUUCCACAAUAUCAUCCAACUCAGCUGUUAGAAUUGAUGGAUUUAGGGAAAGUGCGAAGGGCUAAAGCCAUUCUCUCUCAUUUAGUAAAAUGUAUUGCAGGUGAAGUAGCAAUAGUUAGAGAUCCUGAUGCUGGAGAAGGAACUAAGCGACAUCUCUCUCGAACUAUUAGUGUAAGUGGCAGUACAGCAAAGGAAACAGUCACCAUAGGAAAAGAUGGUACUCGAGAUUAUACUGAGAUAGAUUCUAUCCCUCCACUACCACUAUAUGCAUUACUUGCUGCAGAUCAAGAUACAUCCUACAGAAUUUCAGAAGAAAGUACAAAGAUACCACAGAGCUAUGAAGAUCAGACAGUAAGUCAACCAGAGGAUCAGUAUUCAGAGCUGUUUCAAAUCCAGGAUAUAACAACGGAUGAUAUUGAUUUAGAGCCUGAAAAGAGAGAAAACAAAUCAAAAGUAAUAAAUCUUUCUCAAUAUGGGCCAGCUUACUUUGGCCAAGAACAUGCAAGGGUACUUUCAAGUCAUCUUAUGCACUCAAGUCUACCAGGCCUUACCCGUUUGGAGCAGAUGUUCCUUGUAGCUUUGGCUGAUACAGUGGCUACUACUAGUACUGAGCUUGAUGAAAGCAGAGAUAAGAGUUGCUCAGGAAGAGAUACAUUAGAUGAGUGUGGUUUGAGAUACUUGUUAGCUAUGCGCCUACACACAUGCCUUUUGACAUCGCUGCCUCCUUUAUACCGAGUGCAGCUACUUCAUCAAGGUGUCUCUACAUGCCAUUUUGCCUGGGCUUUUCAUUCUGAGGCUGAAGAAGAACUGAUUAAUAUGAUUCCAGCAAUUCAGAGAGGGGACCCCCAGUGGUCUGAAUUAAGAGCUAUGGGCAUAGGGUGGUGGGUGAGGAACAUUAACACGCUUCGAAGAUGCAUUGAAAAGGUUGCCAAAGCUUCUUUUCAAAGGAACAAUGAUGCCUUAGAUGCUGCACUAUUCUACCUUUCAAUGAAGAAGAAAGCAGUAGUGUGGGGUCUGUUUAGGUCACAGCAUGAUGAAAAAAUGACAACAUUUUUCAGCCACAACUUUAAUGAAGAUAGAUGGCGAAAAGCUGCUUUGAAAAAUGCUUUUUCCUUACUUGGAAAACAACGCUUUGAACAAUCAGCUGCUUUUUUCUUGCUAGCUGGUUCAUUGAAAGAUGCCAUAGAGGUAUGUCUUGAAAAAAUGGAAGAUAUUCAGCUAGCCAUGGUUAUUGCCCGUUUAUAUGAAUCUGAAUUUGAGACUUCAUCCACUUAUAUAUCCAUCCUAAAUCAGAAGAUUUUGGGUUGCCAAAAGGAUGGCUCAGGAUUCAGUUGCAAAAGAUUACAUCCUGAUCCUUUCCUGCGUAGUCUUGCCUAUUGGGUAAUGAAAGAUUACACCCGAGCCUUGGACACGUUACUGGAACAAACACCAAAGGAGGAUGAUGAACAUCAAGUUAUCAUCAAGUCUUGUAACCCCGUGGCAUUUAGUUUUUAUAACUACCUUCGAACUCAUCCUUUGCUCAUUCGAAGAAAUCUUGCCUCCCCUGAAGGAACUUUGGCAACCUUAGGUCUCAAAACUGAGAAGAACUUUGUUGAUAAAAUUAACCUCAUAGAAAGAAAAUUAUUCUUUACCACUGCAAAUGCUCAUUUUAAAGUUGGAUGCCCUGUUUUAGCCUUGGAGGUACUCUCCAAAAUUCCAAAAGUAACCAAAACAUCUGCCUUAUCUGCAAAAAAAGAUCAGCCUGACUUCAUUUCUCACAGGAUGGAUGAUGUACCUUCACAUUCAAAAGCUCUGAGUGAUGGCAAUGGAAGUUCUGGCAUUGAAUGGUCAAAUGUAACUUCAUCACAGUAUGACUGGAGUCAGCCAAUAGUAAAAGUUGAUGAGGAACCUCUUAAUCUUGAUUGGGGUGAAGAUCAUGACAGUGCCUUAGAUGAAGAGGAAGACGAUGCUGUUGGUUUAGUGAUGAAAAGUACAGAUGCCAGGGAAAAAGAUAAACAAUCAGAUCAGAAGGCCUCAGACCCUAACAUGUUAUUAACACCUCAGGAAGAGGAUGAUCCUGAAGGUGAUACUGAAGUUGAUGUGAUUGCUGAACAACUAAAAUUCAGAGCUUGUUUAAAGAUCCUUAUGACUGAAUUAAGAACAUUGGCUACAGGUUACGAAGUAGAUGGAGGAAAACUCAGAUUUCAACUCUAUAACUGGCUUGAAAAGGAAAUUGCUGCCUUGCAUGAGAUAUGUAAUCAUGAAUCAGUUAUUAAAGAGUAUUCCAGUAAGACAUAUUCCAAAGUAGAGAGUGAUCUACUGGAUCAGGAAGAAAUGGUAGACAAACCAGAUAUUGGUUCCUAUGAGCGCCAUCAAAUAGAAAGAAGAAGAUUGCAGGCCAAACGAGAGCAUGCAGAAAGACGAAAGUCAUGGUUGCAGAAAAACCAAGAUCUCCUGAGAGUAUUUCUCAGCUACUGUAGCCUUCAUGGGGCCCAAGGUGGUGGUUUGGCUUCAGUAAGGAUGGAACUCAAAUUUUUGCUACAAGAAUCACAACAGGAAACUACAGUAAAGCAGCUCCAGUCUCCACUACCACUGCCUACCACCCUACCUCUGCUUUCAGCAAGUAUUGCGUCAACAAAAACAGUCAUAGCUAAUCCUGUAUUGUACUUAAAUAAUCACAUCCAUGAUAUACUUUAUACUAUUGUUCAGAUGAAAACACCACCUCAUCCCAGUAUUGAAGAUGUGAAGGUGCACACACUUCAUUCACUAGCAGCAUCACUUUCUGCAUCAAUUUACCAAGCAUUAUGUGACAGUCAUAGCUACAGCAGUCAAACAGAAGGAAAUCAGUUUACAGGAAUGGCUUAUCAGGGACUUCUUUUAAGUGAUCGUAGAAGACUAAGGACAGAAAGCAUUGAAGAACACGCAACACCAAAUUCAUCUCCUGCUCAAUGGCCUGGUGUGAGCUCACUUAUUAAUCUCUUGAGUUCAGCCCAAGAUGAAGACCAGCCAAAACUGAACAUUUUGCUAUGUGAAGCUGUUGUUGCUGUUUACUUAAGUUUAUUGAUACAUGCUCUUGCCACAAAUUCCUCCAGUGAAUUAUUUCGGCUUGCAGCCCACCCAUUAAAUAAUCGAAUGUGGGCUGCUGUUUUUGGAGGCGGUGUAAAACUUGUUGUGAAACCUCGAAGACAAUCAGAAAAUAUUUCAGCACCUCCUGUCCUUUCUGAAGACAUAGAUAAACACCGUAGGAGAUUUAACAUGAGAAUGCUCGUCCCUGGAAGGCCUGUAAAAGAUGCUACCCCACCACCGGUGCCUGCAGAAAGACCAUCUUACAAAGAAAAAUUUAUUCCUCCCGAACUUAGUAUGUGGGAUUAUUUUGUUGCAAAGCCAUUUCUUCCUUUGUCUGAUAGUGGUGUUAUAUAUGAUUCUGAUGAAAGCAUUCAUAGUGAUGAAGAAGAUGAUGCCUUUUUUUCAGAUACACAAAUACAGGAGCACCAAGAUCCAAAUUCCUAUAGCUGGGCUCUUCUACAUUUGACAAUGGUUAAACUAGCACUUCACAAUGUCAAGAAUUUCUUUCCUAUUGCUGGACUGGAAUUCUCUGAGCUGCCUGUAACAUCACCAUUAGGUAUUGCUGUGAUUAAAAACUUGGAGAACUGGGAACAGAUCUUGCAAGAGAAAAUGGAUCAGUUUGAAGGUCCACCCCCUAACUAUAUCAACACAUAUCCAACUGACCUUUCAGUGGGAGCUGGACCAGCUAUUCUUCGAAAUAAAGCAAUGCUAGAACCUGAAAAUACCCCAUUCAAGUCCCGGGAUUCUUCUGCAUUUCCAGUCAAACGACUUUGGCAUUUCCUUGUUAAACAAGAGGUCCUUCAAGAGACAUUUAUUAGAUAUAUUUUCACUAAGAAAAGAAAGCAGAGUGAGUCUAUAGAAGAACAUGUGGAGCAGGUCAACCAAAACUGCGUAGCAGAAGAUUGCCACAUCAAGGUUGAAGCUGAUCUGGGCUAUCCAGGUGGAAAGGCGAAAGUCAUCCAUAAGGAAUCUGAUAUGAUCAUGGCAUUUUCUGUUAAUAAGGCAAAUUGUAAUGAAAUUGUUUUGGCUUCAACACAUGAUGUUCAAGAACUUGAUGUUACUUCUCUACUGGCCUGUCAGUCAUACAUAUGGAUCGGAGAAGAAUAUGACAGAGAAUCCAAAAGUUCAGAUGAUGUUGAUUAUCGUGGUUCCACUACAACUCUUUAUCAACCCAGUGCAACAUCCUAUUCAGCAAGUCAGGUGCAUCCACCUUCAUCUCUGCCAUGGCUGGGCACUGGACAGACUAGCACUGGAGCUAGUGUGCUUAUGAAAAGGAAUCUACAUAAUGUUAAGAGAAUGACUUCACACCCAGUCCAUCAAUACUAUCUUACAGGUGCUCAGGACGGCAGUGUACGAAUGUUUGAAUGGACGCGGCCUCAGCAACUUGUCUGCUUUCGUCAAGCUGGCAAUGCAAGAGUUACUAGAUUAUAUUUUAAUUCACAAGGCAACAAGUGUGGUGUUGCGGAUGGAGAGGGUUUUCUGAGUAUCUGGCAAGUUAACCAAACUGCAUCAAAUCCUAAACCUUAUAUGAGUUGGCAGUGCCACAGUAAAGCCACAAGUGACUUUGCAUUUAUUACCUCUUCAAGUCUAGUUGCCACAUCUGGACACUCCAAUGACAAUAGAAAUGUUUGCCUCUGGGACACAUUAAUAUCACCUGGAAACAGCCUCAUUCAUGGUUUCACGUGCCACGAUCAUGGUGCCACGGUACUUCAGUAUGCACCCAAACAGCAACUCCUAAUCUCGGGGGGUAGGAAAGGACACGUCUGCAUUUUUGACAUCAGGCAAAGGCAGCUCAUUCACACGUUCCAGGCCCAUGACUCAGCUAUUAAGGCUCUGGCCUUGGAUCCCUAUGAGGAAUAUUUUACCACAGGUUCAGCAGAAGGUAACAUAAAGGUUUGGAGAUUGACAGGCCAUGGCCUAAUUCAUUCAUUUAAAAGUGAACAUGCUAAGCAGUCCAUAUUUCGAAACAUUGGGGCUGGAGUCAUGCAGAUUGACAUCAUCCAGGGCAAUCGGCUCUUCUCCUGUGGUGCAGAUGGCACGCUGAAAACCAGGGUUUUGCCCAAUGCUUUUAACAUCCCUAACAGAAUCCUUGACAUUCUAUAAAGAUUGGGGUUUUAUUUUUAUAUACAUUUCAGUUAAAAGGCACACUACAGUCAUCACUAGGCAAUUCUGCUUUCUAAGCAGUUGUAUUGAAAACAGAGAAUCUCUGUGUAGAAUUUGAAUAUGACCCAAGCUGAGUAUUAUCUAAACAGGUUGGUGGAAUGAAUGCGCAUGUACCUUAUUAUGCUGACAUACUAAAAAAAAAUAAAACCUAGUAUUGUAUGAAGGAUAGCUAUUCUUUACAGCAUUUAGCAAACCUGAUUCAGAAAACAUUUGAGAUUAGCAAAUUAGUAACUUGAAAUAAUGAAAAGAACGUUUAUACCAAAUUAAGGAAGAAAAUGUUGCUGAUUUGGGUUUUUCUUCCUGUUCUUACCACUGACUGAAGCAUGCCUGCAGUCUCCUCCUCUGUUGAAUGAAGGAUAAUCAUAAGGUGUUUGUUAGGAGCGCUAGACCACCUGGAAAACUUUCUUAGCUGUGGAGCAGUGCGCAGUGACCAGUUCUCUGCUGUGAGAGGCCAUUUCCAUUCUUUCCUGCUGAAUAUUUUUCCUGUUGGUGUUUAUACUGAGCUAGUACUGUAACUUGCAAAUGAGUGCAAAUUUAAAUGCAAUGUUUUACUCACAAUUUGCACAUUCACAUUUUGGACUGCUAGUUUUUCUAUUUAAAUAUUUGCCUUCAUGUUAGGAAUGUACUAUGUGAACAUGACAUAUUUGUAGUUAACCAAACACACCUUCUUAGUCCAGUUUAGUACUUUUUCUUUUCGUGUAUUCAAGGUUAAACACCCAAACAUUUAAGGAUAUGUUGAAACUACACCAAUAGAGCAUUUCAUAUCAUAAUUAAAAUGAAUGUUAGGCUUCUUGUGGCCAGUUAAUAGUUGAUGAGAUUGGUGAUAUUAUUUAUUGCCACAGCCUAUUGUAUAAACUAUGCAGAGUUAAAUAUUUGCUUGUAAAAUAUUAGCCAAUGUUGUCAUUAUUUUGAUGUAUUUCCUUGGUUAUGACCAAAAAUAUGUUGAGAUACUGAAACUAAUGUCUGUGUGUUUAAAUGUUUACCAGCAAAUUGUCUUAUCAUGUUAAUGAGAAUGUUCAAUGCCUGUGUGGUAAAUAGUAAAUACAAUGGCAUAAAAGUAACUUUCUCUGAAGAUGUGAUGUUCAGGCUGUGAAAUAUAUAUGUAAAAGAAAAAUAAAUGUUAUUUGUUAGA